AAAACCGGUACGGACGUUAAAAAACCCUUAAUUUCAAGUUUCAACGCUUGGGCGUUUCGACUCGGGAGAGGCAGGGAGAGUGAGAAGGAUGGGUUUGAUCGGCUCAGCCCGAGACUCUGUUCGUUCGCUCCAGCUGAGACAAUUGUUGACACAGGCUAUCAAUCUAGGAUUGAUUGUGACAUCAGCCCUCAUAAUAUGGAAGGGAUUGAUGUGUGUUACUGGAAGUGAAUCACCUGUUGUAGUUGUGCUUUCUGGUAGCAUGGAACCUGGUUUUAAGAGGGGUGAUAUAUUGUUUCUACGCAUGAGUAAGGAUCCCAUUCGUACUGGGGAGAUUGUUGUAUUUCAUGUUGAUGGACGUGAAAUUCCUAUUGUUCAUCGUGUUAUAAAGGUACAUGAACGACAAGAGACCGGUGAGGUUGAUGUUCUCACGAAAGGUGAUAAUAAUUUUGGAGAUGAUAGACUUUUGUAUGCUCAUGGUCAGCUUUGGCUUCAGCAGCAUCAUAUCAUGGGGAGGGCUGUGGGGUUCUUACCUUAUGUUGGCUGGGUCACUAUCAUCAUGACUGAAAAGCCUAUCAUUAAGUACCUGCUAAUAGGUGCAUUGGGAUUGCUGGUCAUUACAUCAAAGGAAUGACGGGAGCGUGUUUCUUUGAGAAAUGAACUCUUUUGAGAAAUGAGCUUUGAACUUUAUUUCAAGUAGGGUAGGGACUUAAUCAUUUUUCUCCUGCCCUGUUUGUAAUAUUAAAUUGGAAACAGGUAAUUGUUGCGAUUUUUCUGUAAUGUGCUCAUUCCCUUUUAUGGGUUUACUAAUUUAUAUAACAUCCCUUGUUUUGCCUGACAA